UCCAACAAAGUCAUGGGAGUUUUAACAAAGCCAUUAGUAAGUUGGUGCUUAAUGUGGAGACAAAUUUAGUAUAUCAAUGGCAAUGUCUUCGUUGUUCCUCAUCUCUGUGUUGAUAUCAUUGGGCACUAGUAUUGGUAUAGUCCAAGCAGGCAACCCAAAUUACAGAGAUGCCCUUGCAAAGUCCAUCCUCUUCUUCCAGGGACAGAGGUCAGGCAAGCUCCCCUCCGGCGCUGCCCAGCAAAUUACCUGGAGGUCCAAUUCUGGACUUUCCGAUGGUCAACUCGCAAAAGUGGACUUAACUGGAGGAUACUAUGAUGGUGGAGACAAUGUCAAAUUCAACUUCCCAAUGGCUUUCACUGCGACAAUGCUAUCAUGGGGAUCACUUGAAUAUAGCAAAAAAAUGGAGCCCCAACUAACGAAUACCCGGGCCGCAAUCCGAUGGUCCGCAAACUACCUUCUAAAGUGUGCUCGAGCCACGCCCGACAGGCUCUACGUUGGGAUCGGGGACCCUGAUGUAGACCACAAGUGUUGGGAAAGGCCCGAAGACAUGGACACGGUUCGAACCGUGUACUGGAUCUCACCUAGCAAUCCUGGUUCGGAUGUUGCUGGAGAGACGGCGGCCGCAUUGGCUGCUGCUUCUAUGGUUUUCCGAAGGGUUGACCUCAAGUAUUCAAAAUUGUUAUUAAGAACAGCCAAGAAAGUAUUUCAGUUUGCAAUUCAGUACAGAGGUGCCUACAGUGAUUCACUUGGUUCUGCUGUUUGCCCAUUUUAUUGCUCAUAUUCAGGAUACAAGGAUGAGCUAGUUUGGGGUGCUGCAUGGCUUCUUAGAGCAACAAAUGAUGACUUUUAUUUCAAUUUCUUGAAAUCCUUGGGAGCUGGUGAUUCACCAGAUAUCUUCAGCUGGGACAACAAAUUUGCUGGUGCUUAUGUUCUGCUAUCAAGGAGGGCAGUGUUGAACAAUGACAAGAAUUUUGACUCAUAUAAACAACAAGCUGAGCAAUUUAUGUGCCGGAUUUUGCCCAACUCACCCUCUUCAAGCACACAAUAUACAAAAGGAGGGCUCAUAUUCAAGCUGCCUGAAAGUAACCUCCAAUAUGUCACCUCAAUAACAUUCUUGCUUACUACCUAUUCCAAGUACAUGUCUGCCACAAAGCACAGGUUUAACUGUGGCAAUCUUGUUGUCACUUCAAGCACUUUAAGAAACAUUGCCAAGAGACAGGUGGACUACAUAUUAGGGGUAAACCCACUGAACAUAUCCUACAUGGUAGGUUAUGGACCUCGCUAUCCUAAGAGAAUUCACCACAGAGGAUCUUCAUUGCCCUCAUUGGCAAGUCAUCCAAAAACCAUAGGUUGUGAAGCUGGUUUCCAACCAUUCUUCUAUUCAUCAAAUCCAAAUCCUAACCUCCUAGUUGGAGCUGUUGUUGGAGGUCCAAAUCAGAAUGAUGGGUUUCCAGAUGAUCGCACCGAUUAUAGUCAUUCAGAGCCUGCAACAUACAUAAAUGGUGCUAUAGUCGGACCAUUAGCAUACUUUGCAAAUCUCAAUUGAAGCUAUAUAUACUAGCUAGUGUAAAUAUGUGGGAUAUUUGUUUGUCUUUUCUUCUUUCCAAUAAGGAUCCCAAAAGGAUUUGGAAAAGGAUCUCAAUUGAUCUUCCAAAAGGAUCCCAAAUAUGUUGGAUAGUUGUUUGUCUUUGCUUCUUUCCAACAAGGGUUUGGAAAGUAGGCAUUCUUAAGCUCACAUAGAGCUAUUUAUGAAUCAAAAUCAAAGCUUUUUGGUUUUUCA